CACAAAGGCCCCGGCAGUCGAACGGCAGCGACCCAGCCGACGGUGAUCUCUACUUGGAUGAACUUGUCUCGACGAACCCGUCCGGACCAGAGGCUGAUUGCGGGGAAAAGGCCACUCUGAAGCGAAUGAAGAAACAACUCAUCUUUCACUUCACAUACAGAGGACUUCUAACGAGAGGAAAAAAGAGUAAAAGAAGAAAAUGGAGUAUAAAUUACGGAAAGCUGAACCCAGAGACGUGUCUGAUAUAUUGCGACUGGUGAAGGAGCUUGCAAAGUACGAAGAGAUGGAGGACCAGGUGACGCUGACUGAAAAAGACCUCCUUGAGGAUGGAUUUGGUGACACCCCGUUCUACCAUUGCUUUGUAGCUGAAAUCCAAGGAGAGAACAGCAGUGAGGAUCCGAAGGUGGUCGGUUUCGUCAUGUACUACUUCACUUACGAUCCGUGGGUUGGAAAACAGCUCUACCUGGAGGAGUUCUACGUGAUGGGGGAGUACAGAGGGCUCGGCAUCGGUUCGGACUUCCUGCGUCACCUCAGUGAUCUGGCCAUGAAGACGCGCUGCACCGGCAUGAUGUUCGUGGUGGCGGAGAACAACGAGCUGUCGGUCCAGUACUACAAGCGGCGCGGCGCCGAGGACCUCUCCCAGGAGGAGGGCUGGAGGCUCUUCAGGUUCGACAAGAGCAGCCUGGUCAAGAUGGGCACGCCGACCGAGGAAUGAAGGAGCUCCGGAGGAGGAGACACGAGCGUCUGACCCUUGACUGAGAGUUCGGCUGCUUUUUCUGACGAGUCACGCGAUUGAAUCCGAUGUUUGCCGACCGUCGCGUUCAUGAGGACGCGGCGGCGGCGCUGCAGCAGCCGGCUCGUGGGAAUCGGUCCGCCGCUCUGUCUCCGCCUCCAGUCAGACGACGAAGUUCAGCUAUUUUUAUUUUUAAACAAAAAGGGUGGAAUUGAUUUUUCUGUAUUCAUAAUCUUAGUUUGUGUUUUUAGUCUUUUGCUAAUAUAUCUGAAUCGUGUGUGGUUUUUAUUUUUAACAGUCUUUUGAUUAUUUCCGUUUGAUGUGCAGGAAGAGAUUUUGCAAUAAAACCGUAACUUCUCACAGCGA